GUGCAUAAUAUAGACAGCGUACCUAUUACGCGUUUGUGGAAAUCAGUUGGAGACAGAGAAACAUUCUGAGAAAUGGACUUUAGCUUUGCUGGUAUUUGGUCACCAGGUUCGUCUCUAUAUGACUUUGAUUGAUAGCUGGUUAGUGACAGAUUUGUCCUCAUCACUGCAACUCUGAAGACUAGGCUUCGACAUUAUUAGUUGAUCAUCGAUAAUGUUCUUAUCUUAGGUGCAGUUAUUUGCCCUUGAAGUAAACAGAGCCCAAGUCAAGUGAAACUUAACUCCUAAUAUUUACCUUAACAUUAGGUAGGUAUAUCAGUCUCACAGUAUUCAGAGAAGGAACAUUUAUUUAAUAUUUUGAUAUAUAUAAGACCUGGAAUUUAACGCUACAGUUUUACAUAAAAUAAAGUCACGUAGGUCCUACUCAGAACUUAUUCUAUUGUGAACUUUUUUAAAGGUUUCUUAAAUUCAAGUACAAUUACACGUCUGCUAUUAGACUGGAUAACAGGUGGGUUAAUUUUUUUCACAAUUUGGUAUCUAGCUACUUCAUUUUUAAUUGGCCACUUAAAGGAGGACCGGCAAAAUUACAUGGACCCUGGCCUAUGGACCAAUAACGUUAAGCGAUAUGUUGUUGGAAAGGUUUUUUUUAUUUUCUACAACUUUUACUAUGGCGGCAAGUCUCGAAUCGCUGUGGGAAAAACGUUAUGAGCAAAUAAAAUGAAACUUCAUCUCAAUAUCUUUACAGCUUUUAUUGAUUAUAAUAAGUUGUUAUAAAGGAUUUUAACGUGUUAUUUAUAAUUAUAUUAAUGCAUAGUAUUGUCCAUAAUGAUAUCCAUUAAGUGUGCAGCUGGAGGAUUGAACGGUUCAUGCCUUCCUAUACCAAGGUACCAAACUAUAGAAGAUAUAUGAGCACAGCUUCCCACUGUGCGCCUUCCUGUUAGGCAGGUGCAAUAGUAUUGCGAUAUUGUAUUAAGUCCGACUUCAUCUAGGUUAAUUAAAUAUAACAGAAAUAACAAACGUUUGGAGGCAUAUUAUUAUGUUUGCAUUUCUCCGAGUACGUUAUCUCUGGCUACUUCAAUAGUGUACAGACCAUUUUGUAAAUGUUCUGCACAGUAUGAUUUUGCUAAUUUUAAUUGAUACGAUCCUAAUGAAAAUGUCACCAAAUCAUUUUCUUUCUCUUUCUCACACUUUCUCACAUUUGCAUUUAUAGGCAGGAAUGCAAUUCUUUGUCUAUUUAGAUUAUUAUCAUUAUCAUUAGGCACAUUUAUCCGUUGGUCAAUAGUGUUUAAAAUGACGUCAGAGUUAACGUUAUCAGCUAUCGGUUCACUAAGGGCCAGGCCACACGGCGCGGCACCGCACCGCACCGCAUUACUCCGCACCGCACUACCGGCCACACGAGCAGUGCGGCGUCGCAUUAUUCUUACGUCGCCGCUGCGGCACCGCAACAGGCUUGGCUUGGCUUGCCCAGUUGACGACAGUCUACAAUAAACAAUGGAUCGAAAAAGACGUGUGUUGCUGCUAUUAUUACUUCGCCAUCGACGAAAUCGACGUAGAAGCACACGAAGAUCAGUCCAUUUAUUACCUUAAGAAAUAGUGACGGCCUUUUUUUUCUUAAAGAAUAUCGAGAGUUGGUCUUAGACGAAAAGAGGUUUUAUAAUUUUUUUCGAAUGAGUGUGCCCACUUUCGAAAGUUUAUUGGUAGCCUUAGAGCCACAUAUACGGAAACAGUAUACUAAUAUGAGAAAUCCUGUGGAGCCAAUAGAAAUGCUAGGAAUCACUUUAAGGUAAGUAAUAAAAAAAACUUUUAUUAUUUGCACUUCUUUAUUAUUAAUUUUCAAAUCAAUGCCAGGGAAACAUUAUUACUUAUAAACUUGUAAAAUCAAACUCCGUCUGAUCGCUUUCUUGAGACACUUGACUUGGAGAUGGAAUAUAGUUAGAGUUUGAUUGUUCUGUAUUAAACGAACUUGUACUUUGAUAAUUUUUGGUUUGAUACCCAUGCGACGAUGCUUCUUCAUGCUGAUAGGACGAAGAUUGUGGAUAAAUUUGUCCAUAACGCAUAUCUGUGAUUAUUUGCAAUACUUUACUCUGAAACGUGAGAGUCUGAAGAUCGGUACAAAAUACCUUUAAAAAAGUUCAUAUGGCGAUUCUCUGGCUCUUUGAGAGCUUUUAGUGUUUCUUUUUCAAAAUCAUCCAAUUGUUCUGCUUUUCGCUUCCGGUUGACAGGAACAUAGCGAGACGAUUCAGGUACCUAGGAAGCGGAAAUUCGAUAAAAGAUUUAGAAUUCAAAUUCAAACGUGGGAAAUCUACAAUUGCUUGUAUGAUAUUGAGAGUAUGUGAAGCUAUAUGGAAACAUCUUCUUCGAGACCACAUCCCUGAACUGACAACAGACCGUUUGCAAAUGAUUGCAUCUGAUUUUGACGUCAAAGCAAAUUUUCCUCAUUGUAUAGGGGCAAUCGAUGGAAAACAUAUACGCCUAUGUAAUCCAGCUAAUAGUGGCUCAUUAUUUUUUAAUUACAAAUCUUUUUUUCUGUGGUGUUGCUAGCUGUAGUGGACUCGAACUACAAAUUUACUUUUGUUGAUAUUGGCGCAUACGGCAAAGAGUGCGAUUCAACUGUUUUUCAAAAUUCAAAACUAUACCAGUUACUGAUUAACGAGACCCUCUCAUUGCCUACUCCCCAGCCACUAUGUGGUUACAAUAGACCAAUACCAUGGGUGUUAGUGGGUGACGAAGCUUUUGGAUUGAGUAAACAUGUUAUGCGUCCAUAUGGUGGUAAAAAUCUCAAUGUACAACAAAAGAUAUUCAAUUAUCGUCUUAGCAGGGCAAGGAGAUAUGUUGAAUAAAUGUCGCAUUUUUCAUAGACCGAUAAAUGUGUCCUAUAAUUUUGCAACUACCAUUAUAAAAGCCUGUUGUGUUCUUCACAAUUUUGUGGCCGAUCGGGACGGUCUUCGCCCAAGUGAUAAAUUAGCGAUAAUUUGUAAUGAAUUUUGUUCUUUUCGUCAGGAGUGUAUGAAUCGUAUUUAGUAAAUAAAUUUUUUGUAACAUCUUCCCAUGCUUUUGCUUUCAAAUUUUUGUUUUUAAAAUUGUCAUGAGACUUGUCCCACAGUAUUUCCCGUUCCUGUAUCGACGAAAUGAGGUAGUCCACGUCUAUAGAUUCCACAUCGGUACUCAUUUUUUUUAUGAUAUACACGUAAUUAUCAUCAACGAGCAUGCACUCUUGCCUAUGGGCCUGUCCACAUCACCACGGCACGACGUCGUCGCCGUGGAACGGUGCGGUGCCGUGGCGCGGCACGUUGCCGUAACGUGGGAAUUUACGUUGCCGUACCGUAAAAAUGUACCUCACGACACCGCAAAGUUAGGGCCGGGACACAUAAACACGAUACGACGUCGUGUCGUACCACGAUGCGGCGUCGUUUCACGAUGCGACGUCGAAACGAUGCUCGUCGUGGGAAUCUACGACGAGCAUCGUAAAAAACUACGUCGCGACAUCGUAACGUGCCACGAUACACGGCACGACGCCGUCGAUACAAUGCAGGGUGAAUUGUCGCAGUUAAUUUCGAGAAAUGGACCGCACUAGACGCGUCCUGCUCCUGCUGUAUUUAAGAAGAUGGAUAAAGAAAAGACAGAAACUGAGAAGAUACUGGAUCCACCCAUUUCUUUUAAUCAUGAAUAACGGGAGCCACUUUAUACAGAAGUACAAUGCCUUAAAAAUAGAUCACAUCAAGUUUUUUGAUUUCUUUAGAAUGAGUAUAUCAAGUUUCGAAGAGUUACUUGAUCGGAUAACGCCACAUAUAGCAGGAAAAUAUGGCAGAGGCAGACCACCUCUUGAACCUCUCGAGAUGCUGGGAUUAACUGUAAGGUUUUUGGCAUCAGGAAACACCUUUAAAGACAUGCAUUUAAACAACUAUCGUGGAAAGUCUACUAUUGCUAAAACUGUAAAAAUAGUCUGUGGCGCUAUAUGGAAGCAUCUUUUGAUCGAAAAUAUACCGAAAAUAACUACUGAGCGACUAACAGAAAUUGCUGAAAACUUUGACAACAGUGCCAACUUUCCUAAUUGCAUAGGCGCACUUGACGGGAAAUAUAUUCGUAUUUGGAGUCCCAAACAUGGCGGAUCUCUUUUUUAUAACUACAAAAAUUAUCAUUCUGUAUUGUUGUUGGCUUUGGUAGAUGCUAAAUACAGAUUUAUAUAUGUUGAUAUUGGAGCAUAUGGCAAGGAAUGUGACUCAACUGUUUACAAUAAUUCAAAAUUGAAUGAAUUACUGUUAAAAGGACAACUUCCUUUACCAACGCCAAAGCCUUUACCAGGCUCCCAAACACCUUGUCCUGUUGCAGACGAAGGCUUACCAUUGACAAAUAAUAUAAUGCGCCCAUACCCAGGAAAACAUUUGACGAUUCAACAAAGAGUUUUUAAUUACCGUUUGAGCCGAGCAAGAAGAUAUGUAGAAUGUGCGUUCGGUAUACUGGCUAACAAGUGGAGGGUAUUUCAUCGACCAUUAAAUGUUUCUUUAAAUUUUUGCACAAAUAUUAUAAAAGCAAGCUGUGUUUUACAUAAUUUCAUUCUAAACCGUGAAGGAGCUCAAACAUUUGAAGACAUGAUAAUUGAUGAUUCGUUUAUUGAACUACAACAGUCAACGCAAGAGGGUAGAACAAGAGCUACCGACAUUUUCUAAUUACUUUAACAGUGACGUGGGAGCUCUAAGUUGGCAACUAAAUAAAAUAUAGGAUAUUACUUACCAA